GAUGUUUUCUCUGAUGUCAUAUCCAACUGUAUAUUCGGUGUUCUUGGAAAUCUCGGUCGUCAUGCGAACAGAUUCUUCAGAGAGUUUUACGAAAACGUUCCAUUACCUGCCAUGCUGCUUAUGACCGUAACUUUGAUUUUCACAACUGUUCGAAUCAAAACUCCUUUAUUCACAUUUGAACCCUUGCUACUUUCGACCAUACGUUACACAGCCGGCACCGUUGCUAGAUGCGUCGAAGGUUCCGCAGUAGUGAGUCAAAGUGUGGAGCAAAAUCGUCGAAACAAAGCAAUUCGAGGGAACAACAUGUCAGCUCCAGAAAACAUCAGAGAUUCCAGGGAUCAUGUUACUCUACGUCGUCGCGUGCCGCGCUCUGCGUUAUGCUCGGACGCGAAUACGUCUGUUCGAUCUAGGGAUAGCUCACUGGAUUCAUCUCAUAGCCGAGCAUCAAGUCGCUCUCAGAGCACGCCUAGAUAG